AAAGUCAAUUGAACCAGGUUCACUUCCGAUUUUUUUUUCCUUAUUGCUCUUUUCUCUAAUUUGAGCUGAAAAGUUGUCAAAAACCUGCAGCUUCUCGCCGAGAAUGAACGCGUCAAGUUUCAGGGAUUGCCAGGCGUGGAAGGCUGAAGGUCUGCCGCUCUCCACCAGCAGCAACGAGGCGUGUAAACUGUUCGAUGCCACGCUGACGCAGUAUGUGAAAUGGACAAACGAUGAGACCCUGGGGGGGAUUGAAGGAUGCAUCUCCGCCAUGAAGACAGCGGACCCAAACUUUGUGAUGGGUCACGUCAUCAGCACCGGGCUGGAGCUGGUGUCGACCACCAGCAGCCCCCGGCUGGACGAGCGCCUGGCCGCCGCCGUGAGGCGAACCGUGGAGCUCGCCAACACCCAGGACGUCUCUCCCCGGGAAAAACUCCACGCCACAGCCGUGGAACUGUUUUCGCAGGGGAAUUUUCCCAAAGCCUGUGAGGUCUGGGAGGACAUUCUCCUGGAUCAUCCCACGGAUUUCUUGGCCCUGAAGUUUUCUCAUGACGCUUACUUCUACAUGGGAGCCCAGGGCCCCCUGAGGGACUCUGUGGCCCGCGUGCUGCCCCACUGGAAGCCCCACAUGCCUUUGUUCAGCUAUUUGAAAGGACUUUAUUCUUUUGGCCUCCUAGAGAUGCGUUUUUAUGACCAGGCUUUAAAAGAGGCCAUGGAGGGCCUCAGUCUGACUCCAGAGGACGCCUGGUCCGUUCACUCUGUAGCCCACGUUCAUGAGAUGAAGGCAGAGGUGGACGAAGGCCUGAGGUUCAUGGAGAGCAGGGAGAAAGACUGGCAGGCGUCCGACAUGCUGGCGAGCCACAACUACUGGCACUGGGCGCUGUACCUGAUGGAGAAGGGCCAGUACGAAGGCGCCCUGCAGAUCUACGACACUCAGGUCUUCAAGCGCUGCAAAGCUUCUGGAGCCAUGCUGGACAUCGUUGACGCCAGCUCAAUGCUCUACAGGCUGGAAAUGGAAGGCGUGUGCGUGAAGGACCGUUGGCGGGAGCUGCUCCACGUGACGCAGCCUCACACUGACGAUCAUGUGACCGUGUUCAAUGACCUCCACUUCCUCAUGGUGUCGCUGGGAGCCGAGGAGACCACAACAUCCCGGCGUCUCCUGGAGGGCCUGCAGGAGCUGGCUAAGGAACCGGGCGAGAAUCAGCAGCAUCAGGUGGCUGGCAGUGUGGGCGUGUCCGUAUGCAGAGCCAUGGUGGAGUACAGUCAGGGGAACUACGCCCGCGCCGUGGAGCUGUUGUACCCGCUGCGCUACAGCAUCGUGGACGUAGGUGGCAGCGACGCACAGAGGGACCUGUUCAGUCAGCUGCUCAUUCAGGCCGCCAUCAAGUCGGAGAGGAAACGCCACCGGAAGCUGGGAAGAUGUCUGCUGGUGGAGCGCGAUUCGGCGAGGCCGCGCUCCCCCCUGACCCGGCGCCUGAUGCAGAGAGCUCUGGCUCUUCACGACUAGAUCGAUGGCAGGUCGUGCGAGCGGUUCCCACGUGAAGAAGGGGCCUCGGUAAUCUCAUCCUCCAUCGUUUCGCCUUCAGAGACGUCUCUGUUAGCGGAGCGGCCAGACUGUUCGUUUAUUCCAAAAGUGAGGAAUAAAAACUACAAAGACAAAAGUUUUUGUACACUAUUCUUUCAAUUGAUUCACUUUACUAUUACAUAGUGUGAUUAUUUCAUAUUUUCUUAUUCAAAUCAAUCAUGACAUUGAAACAUUUGCUGGAAACCAACAAGAAGACUGAAUGAAUUGUUAAAUGAUAUUUUAGGUAAAAAUGUCACAUUUAAUCCCAAGUGUUGAUGUAAAAACUGCUGGAGAAAAAGAAUAAAGUGCAUCUAAAAGCA